AGCUGGAAAGUCAGCGUUGUGACCGCCAAAGCCGAGAUGGAAAAGGCGGGCAUCUCUCGCCAGGGAAAGACAGGCUAUCCGCAUCCCUAUCUCAAUCAUCAAAGGCUCGACUGGAGCGUGGGCACCUGCAAGAAAACCAAUAUCGAUCUUCUCGAAUACCCCGUGUUCUGGCAACGAUACGCACCGAUUGACAAUACCAAGAAGACCAAUGAACAGGCCCAUUCACCGAUCCGGGUCGUGUACGCCAACGACGGCGGUGUGAUGGUGUACUGCGGAGUGAUGACCCAU